GGAGGCAGAUGAUGCUCAAUCCGUUGGUGAGAAGAAUCCAGCCUGGAAAGAGGACCUCCAACAUCUUUGCCAAGCCUGCUGAGCCCCCAGAGAGUCCCGGUGAGUGGACAGCGUGGUUUAACAUCGACCACCCAGGCGGGAAGGGUGACUAUGAGCGCCUGGACGCCAUUCGCUUCUACUAUGGGGACCGAGUGUGUGCCCGGCCCCUCCGGCUGGAGGCCCGGACCACUGACUGGAUACCUGCAGGCAGCAAUGGCCAAGUGGUCCAUGGCAAUCCCCGAGAGGGCUUCUGGUGCCUCAACCGGGAACAGAGGCCUGGCCAGAACUGCUCCAAUUACACUGUGCGCUUCCUCUGUCCACCAG